AUGGUUGCCAAAAUUGCCAGUCUUUUAGCCAUCGCCACUGUGGCCAUUUCCUCUGUCGCUGCUCAAGCACCCACCACCAACUUGAUCAAUGGUCAAUGUGUUACUACUUAUGAUGCCUCCAUUGAUUAUUUCCCAGAGAAGUUGAACACCAAUGAUGAUAAAGCUACUUACUUUUCAAUCGAAUAUCACAACAAUUACAAGGUCGUCAAGAACAGUCGUACUGGUCGUACCUAUGUCUUGGUUCAAUGUGGUACUCCUGCUCCUACUGAUGUCAAUAAUGCUACCGAAAUCUAUCAAGUGCCCAUCACUAAGGCUGCUGCCAUGGAAACUACUGUUGUUCCUUAUCUCGAGAUGAUUGGUGCCGCUGAGAGUAUUAAGCUCAUUGCUGAUGGUAGUUUAGUCUCAUCCCCUUGUUUCCAAAAAUACUUGAACACUGGUGAUAUUGCUCAAUUGUCUGCUACCAACGAAACAUUGCAAGCUGAGCAAAUCAAGAAUGUUCAAGUGCAAUUCGGUGCUAAUCCUUAUGAAACUGUUGCUGAUACCAACAACACUGUUACCACUGCUCAAACCUAUGAGCCUGAUGUAUUGGGACGUGCUUCAUGGCUCUCUUACUAUGCUGCAUUCUACAAUCUCGAAUCCGUUGCCAACAAUCUCACUAAAAACAUGACCGACAACUACAAUCGUCUCAAAGAAGCUGCUUCUCACUAUUCCACCAAGCCUAUUGUUGCUUGGACAACUUAUGACGCCCCUAGCCAAUACAACAAUAACACUGCUAGUUAUAUCCUUAGUGAAGCAUCUUACAAGGUGGGUCUCACAAAUGAUGCAGGUGCUACCAUGCUGAACGCUUCUUCGACCUCUUUUGCCUCUGCUGCUGACCUUUUGAAAGCCAUUAGCAAUGUCGAUAUCUUGAUUGAUGAGACUUUCAUCGGUUCCAACUUGACCGCCUUUUUGCAAAAUUACAACAUCAGUGAAGCAGAUCAAUCCAAAUACAAGUUCUUGACCAACAAGAAGGUGUAUCGUGAGGACGGUAUCUUGACCUCUUCGGGUGGUUAUGAUUGGUUUGAGGCUCCUGUUGCCAUGGCUGAUGCUUUGUUGGAAGACAUGAUCAAUGCUAUUAACCCUAAUGCUCCUUCUGAUAGUUACAAGCGUAACUGGCUUCGUAACAUUGUGCUUGAUGAACCUAUCAAGACUACUACUGAAAGCAACUGUUCUUGGGCUGAAGAUUCUCCCAGACCCAAUUUGGCUACGCAAUUCAAUGGAAACGCAUUCACCUUGUCUAGCAGCUCAUCAUCUGGUACUCACAAGGUCAUGACCUUAAACAUUGCUGGUGCUUUGGCUGCUGCUGUUGCCACUUUAGCCUACCUUUCUUAA